AUGUCGUCAAAGCUACAGCUGGUCUGUCCCUCUGAACAUGACAUAUACUUCAAUCUCGAUGGAGAUGGUUAUGCGGAGCCUAUCAAUGGCUCGGUGAAGCUUCAUUAUAAUGAAGCUCUUGUCGGUACUGCUCCCCAGUUACAACUACGUCUCAUACGAACCGUGGCGUCGGAGAAUAAGCAAACAGCUAUCUCGGCUCGCGAAAGCCAAUUUCUAAGAAAGAUCAAACGCCCAUUCUUGAAUACUACAAAGCAAGAAGAAUCUUACAAGAUUGAAUCAUGCGCAAUAAUCAAUGAAACAACGCGUCAUAUUUCCCUGUUUGAUCAGACGAGGACCUCUGGAUGCACCAACUCCAUCAAUAUUCCAUUUUCCAUUGCUGUCCCAGUGAAUACACCUGGAACAACGACUACCUCGCUUGGAAAAAUCACAUACUCUAUAAUUGCCACCAUGCUCACGCCAGGGCGGGACUCAUUCAAUACUGCUCAGCCAAUCCAUCUUGCACGGAAGCUCAUCCCAGAUCGGCACUCCAUUCAGCAUAUCCGAUCAUAUUCCAAGUCACCUGUCAUCAAUCAAAUUACUCUUUCUCAAGACAUCCCAGUCGACUCAAAUUCUUGGUUAUCAGCCUGUGCAAAUAUCUCUCUCCGGCAAGCAAUGACUAUGACACAACGCGAUUCUGAAUUCAAGUGCGCUACGAUUCGCACGAUCCAUUGGCGUGUGGAAGAGGUUACCAGACUGGUCACCCAAGAUGAAAACAACCUCCAAUAUACCGAUAACGCCGAUUUUCUCAAAGAAGAGUCAGUUCGGGAGAUAUGCAGUGGAAAACAUAAAGGCUACUGGUCAUCACACCACAAUCCGUUGGUGAAACAACGGCAUCAAAAAUCAGAAGAACAAGAUUCGACUCUCGAUAUCCCGCUUGAAAUUUCCAUUCCUAAGACCGCACACCUGAGCUCCAGAGUUGAUGAAACUUUCUAUACUUCUACCCCAUCGAGGGUGCUGGGACUUUCGGGUGAAGAUUCCCCAAUGGAUGAAAGCAAUGUGAUUAUCGUGGAGCAUCGACUUAAACUUGACUUCAUCACGGGUGAAGAUACAUUUGAUACUCGCUCCAAUAAUUUGGUGGACCGGAAACCACAUCGCUCUACUUUAUCCGCCAUUUUUCCUCUCUUGAUCGAGAAUGGCGUAAAGUGCGACUUUGAGGCUGUUGCUUUUAGUAACCCGCCAAGAUAUGAAGAUAUUUCGUUGUCGCCUCCGGAAUAUAUUACGUUGGAAUGA